AUGAAUUCAAAUAUAUUAAUGCAGGGGGAAGAAAGCAUUCUUCAAGAUCUUUACGUCACAACGAAACUAGAAGACAGGAACACACGAAAGUUAAUGGACAAGAUGGCCAAAGCAAAGGCCAGAAGAAUAUUCUUACUAGAAUGCAAACAUAAUAAAUUAUGCCCAACAUUUUUGAAACUUAAAACAGACCACAUUGACUACAGAUAUCUCACUGAGAAGUAUGAGAGACUGAAAAACAAUUUUAUUUACCGGACAAUAAACCUUUUAAUUACUGACACAACCAAAACUAUAAACAGAUUAGAAGAAGAAAUCAUGAAAAUACUCAACGAAUUCGAAAAUCUUAAAGGAAGUAAUCUAAGAGAGGCCCUAGAACACAAUGUGAACCAAGCAAUAAAGUAUAAAACUAACCAUCACAAAUCCAUUCAUGACAAAACAAUCGAGAAACUAACAAAAUCUCAGAAAGAAAAUAAAGAAGUUAAUAAAGACUCAACAAGAAUAGUUAACUUAACGCAGAUCACAUUACCUGGAUUCGUGACAAAAACACUCAACUUGGGCCCAAAAUAUGCCAUGGAAAUAGAUAGAGAACAUGAAAUUCCAACGUUCGAUAUAAUCACCCAAAUAGAAUGUUCAAUUGAAGAAUUGCCAAAAGAAGAUCAAGACAAUAUCCGAACAAACAUCACACAUGCCCUCAAUACACACAAAAAACAAUUAAAAAGUAGAAAACAGAAAACAAAUUGCAUUAAAUCAAAUUUCAUAAAAACAAAAACAUUCCUGAAAGACAACAAUGAUCUACAAGUCCUCAAAGCAGACAAGGGCAACAAAAUAGUGAUAAUAUCCAAACAUGAGUAUGAUGAAAAAAUGCUGCAACUUUUAGAUGAUACAACAACUUACAAAAAUACUAAAAAAGAUAUGACAGUUACAAUGGAAAAAGAAAACAACAGAAUAAUCAAAGAAUGGCUACAGGAGAACUUUAUCACAGCACAAGAGGGAAAAACCAUGAUUACCCACAAUAGUAAAAUUCCAAAAAUUUAUGGAUUGCCAAAAGUUCACAAGGAAAAUAUACCACUGAGGCCGAUAGUUUCAUUCAUACAGUCACCAUUGUACAAAAUAUCGAAAUUUAUCGCUAACACCCUUUCAAAAGCAACAAACACCAACAAAUAUUACAUUAAAAACUCCUUCCAUUUAAAAAAAUCACUAAAAGAUAUCAAAAUACAAAAUAACCAGCGCUUGUACUCAUUAGAUGUAAAGUCACUCUACACGAACAUCCCCAUUGACUUGGCAAUACAGGCAAUUGAAAAUAAGUGGGAGAUAAUAUCACAACACACAAAAAUACCCAAAGAGAAAUUUAUCGAAACAAUCCAAUUCAUCAUGAACAACAGCUAUUUCCAAUAUAAAAACAACUUCUAUAAACAGACUAAAGGAGUGGCCAUGGGUAACCCACUAUCAAGCCCUAUAGCUCAGUUAGUCAUGGAAUUCAUCGAAGAAAAAAUCAUGAGACAGUAUCAAACAUCAUUCUACAAACGAUAUGUAGAUGACUCCUUUUUAAUAACAACACCAUCCGAAAUGAAUGAGAUCCUCCACCAUUUUAACAACAUCCAUGACUCAUUAGAGUUCACACUAGAAGAGGAAAUUAACAACAGAUUAAACUUCCUAGAUAUGACAUUCGUGAGAGAAAAUGAGAAACUAUUAACGCAGUGGUACAGAAAAGAACAAAAUUCCAUUCACAUUUUAGACUUCCACUCUAAUCACCACCAGUCCCAAAAGAAGAGCACUGCCAUCGGAUUUAUCGACAGAGCAUUAGAACUAACGUCACCGACACUACGUGAGCAGAUAUUAACAGAUGUGAGGGAACUUUUGUUCAGUAAUACAGUACAAUCGCGUUAA